CGGAGUGGAUGCGCUCACAAAUGGCUCUCGUCUCUCAAGAGCCCAAUCUAUUCAGUUAUAGUAUCGGCGAAAAUAUCGCUUACGGCGACAAUUCCAGGACAAUAACUAUGGAUCAGAUUGUAUCGGCCGCACAGAAGGCCAACAUUCAUAACUUUAUUAAAGAUUUGCCCAAUGGUUACGACACUAACGUGGGCUCAAAAGGCACUCAACUUUCAGGAGGACAGAAGCAACGAAUAGCCAUCGCGAGAGCAUUGGUUAGAAACCCGCAGAUAUUACUAUUAGAUGAGGCGACUUCUGCUUUGGAUACGGCCUCUGAAAAAUUAGUUCAGGACGCUCUGGACGAGGCGUCGAAGGGUCGGACCUGUAUAGUGAUAGCACAUCGGUUGACAACCAUUCAAAACGCCAAUCGGAUUGUUGUCAUCCAAAGAGGUGCUACCGUUGAAGAAGGAAUGCACGAAGAAUUGAUUGAUAAAAAAGGUUUCUAUCAUGAGUUAUAUAAAACUCAACCU